AGAGGGGGCGUCGGAGGAGUCGGACAGCCGCCGGCCACCUCAGGGGGGCCCGCCUGGCCGCCGGGCGGGUCGAGGGGCUGUGUGGACACUUCUGGAGGUGCGGGGACCUCGCCAGGCACGUUUCGGGCGCCUGGACGCGUCCACAGGGGCCCACCGCACAUCCCCGGGGGUCUCACCGCCUGGACCCAGUGCCGCCUCGAUCGAGCUCCAGGGUGGAUGGCUGAGCUGCCCCCUCGCCGGCCGCCCGGGCGCCACAGCAGCUGAGCUCGCCGGGAUCCCCGGGCCGCUGCCGCCCUCGCCCCCCUAUCGCAUGCCCGGCGCCCGGGUCGCGGCCCACUUGGACUUGCUGGGCUCCCUGGUCCCCUACGUGCCACCGCCGCUGCUGCCCUCUAUGUUCUACGUGGGCCUGUUCUUCGUCAAUGUGCUGAUCCUAUACUACGCUUUCCUCAUGGAGUACAUCGUCCUCAACGUGGGCCUCGUCUUCCUGCCCGAAGACAUGGACCAGGCGCUCGUGGACCUCGGCGUGCUUUCCGACCCCGGCUCGGGCCUCUACGAUGCCGACUCGGAGCUCGACGUCUUCGAUGGUUAUUUGGAGUAGCCCUCGCUCCCCCCAGUCCCCCACAACCCGCAACCUUCCACCCGGACCAGCCGCCCAGAUCAUGCCGCCGCUGCUGGUUGAGGGCACCGUUUGGCCAGGGAUGGGACCUCCAAGACGAGGCCCUCUCCGGCCUCCGAGGCCUGUCUGCUCCCUUCGAAAGUUCUGUGCCAACAGAGAGGUUCCCAUUCAGACCCAGGACUGUGGGACGGAGAGGUUGAGACUGAGUGCUGAGGCUGGGAAGGCAUUUGUCCCCCUCCUCCGAGGGAGAAGGCAGGGAUGUCCGAAGACCUCACCCUCCUGCAGCAUUGCACAGAUGGCCUUGCCUUGGCUUCUGACCUUUUGCAGUUGUGAUGGAUGUUUACAGGAACCCAGCCACAGUAUGCCUCCCUGCUCUUUGUCCCCGACUGCACCUGCUUUCCCCCCUUAACUUCCAAGAGGACACUUCAAACCACGGACACACACACAGUAGCGCAGGCAACUCCGGCUGAUGUCUAUGGAGCCCUGAGCCUGACUGGGUUUGGCCAGGCUGAUCUUAGAGGCAAGCGACUGUUUCAGGGAGCGACUCCGAAGGAGAAGAGGCGAGGAGUGUGUCGGCUUAGGGCAGGGUUUUGACUUAUUCAUUGCAAGUUGCUUGUUCCUCAAGUUGCCAAAACUGAUCCAUCAUGCCCAGGGAGGGCCAUGUUUCUCCUCUGGCCAGAAAUAUUUUUAGAAAAUAUGAGUAGUAUGAAUGCUGGACUUUGAUAAACCUAUAAAAGCAAUACUUAGGAGGCUGACUUCUUUCAAUUAAAAAAAUGUAUGCAACUUCAA